AAACUUUGCAGGUGCGUGUGACGUCACGCGUUAACUCGUCUAGGUCAUUAAAUGAAAGUCAACUUGUAAUCGGGUUUUCGGGUUUCAAGGAAUACAAAAUGAUGUCAAAUGCGAAAACAAGUUUGCUUGAGUGUCCAGUUUGCAAAACUAGCCAUGUGCCAAUUAAAAGUCCCAUUGAAAAUGGUGUUUGUGCUUCAACAUGUUUGUACUGUGGGCACUUCUUCAAGUUCAAGGUCACCACUCCUGUAAGGUCAGAGGUCAUUUUAAAAGUAAAUGGCAAAGAAUAUACAGUUGACAAGUCCCUUGAUCCUGCCACAUCCCUGAAUGAGUUCCUACGGGACAAGCGUAUCUCCAUGGGAACAAAGUACAUGUGCAAGGAGGGAGGCUGUGGUGUCUGCGUUGUUAUGGCAGCAUCGGUCAACCCGUCUACCAAUGAUAUAGAAAGGAAAGCUAUCAACUCAUGCAUGUGCCCCGUUUUCAUGUGUGAUGGCUGGAGUAUCACCACCGUGGAGGGGCUGGGCAGUCAGAGGGACGGCCUUCACCCCAUACAAGACCGCCUUGACAAGUACAAUGGCAGCCAGUGUGGCUUCUGUAGCCCCGCCCAGAUCAUGAAUAUGUAUGCGCUGCUGCUGAAUGACACAAAGCCCAGCAAACAGGAGAUUGAGGACGCUUAUGAUGGAAUUCUGUGCAGGUGUACAGGUUACAGGUCCAUAUUGGAUGCUAUGAAGUCUUUUGCUGAUUCAAAAUGCUCACCAACUGACAUUGAAGACCUGGAAACCAAGACCUGCAGAAAGACUGGCAAGCCAUGUCCAGGCAAAUGUAGCAAUCCUGCCACACCUAAACCUGAGCGGCCCCUUCACCUGGUACUGGACAGUGCCCAGUGGUUCAAACCCACUACAUUGACCCAGCUGUAUGACCUUCUAAAUCAGUACAAGGAAAAAGACAUGAGGCUUGUUCUUGGAUGUACUGGAUUUGGUGUCUAUAAAGAUAUUGGUCCUUGGAAUUAUGAUAUACUCAUUGACUUACAUGGCGUAAAGGAUCUUUACCAGAUUGCUACCUCGCCCCAGCUGCAGAUUGGGGCCAAUGUGACCUUGACCUCAAUGAUGGUGACCUUGAGCUCUUGUGACCUUCCCAAAGACAAAUACCCAUACUUGGCAGAGUGUGUUAACUAUAUACAGAGAAUCGCUCACACCAAUGUCAGAAAUGCUGGCAGCUGGGCAGGAAAUCUGAUGAUGAAACAUAAACACCCAGAAUUUGUGUCUGAUAUGUUUGUAAUGCUGGAAACAGUCCGUGCACAGAUCUUCAUAAAUGGCAGCACAAGUGUAACAGCCAAUCAGCUGCUGGCCACAGACAUGACAGGGAAGGUCCUCACCCACGUUAUUCUGCCAAGUUUCUCGGCCAACACAGUUGUCAAGUUCUACAAAGUUGCCAAGAGGAGUCAGAAUGCACAUGCAUAUGUGAGUGUUGGUAUACUGAUGACAUGUGAUGCAAAUCUUGUUGUCCAAGAGAAACCAGCCAUUGUGUAUGCAGGAAUCUCCAAAACCUUUACUCAUGCCACUGACUUGGAGACUUUCCUACAAGAGAAGCAGCUGAGUGACCCAAGUGUGAUAGCAAAGGCCAUACAGAUAUUGAGCAAGGAGAUUGUUCCUGAGGCCGACCUGUUAGCAGGCAGCAUCCAGUUUCGCAAUAGUCUGGCUGUCAACCUUUUCUACAGAUUUGCAAUUUUCAUGCUGGGUGACAAGCUGGACUUGCGCUGCCGCAGCGGUGGAUUUCCCUUGGAGAGGCCUCUAUCCUCUGGCACUCAGACUUACUCUACAAAGACAGAGGAGUGGCCCCUUACUGAGCCCCUCCUGAAAGUCGAGGGAAAAUCACAGGUGACAGGUGAAGCAGUCUACAUCAAUGAUAUUGCCCCAGCUCCUGGUGAGCUGUAUGCAGCGUUUGCUCUCAGCCACAUGGGAAGUGCUCAGCUAGACAGCAUUGACUCAUCAAAAGCCAUGGAAAUGCAAGGCGUGGUGAAGGUGUUGCUAGCACAGGACAUACCAGGGGUCAACAAUGCCAUGCCAUCACCGUACCUCCCAGAAGAGGUCCUCUGCAGCAGACGUGUCAUGUAUGCGGGACAGGCUAUAGCGCUGGUGAUUGCAGGUGUGUCAUGUAUGCAGGACAGGCUAUAGCACUGGUGAUUGCAGGUGUGUCAUGUAUGCGAGACAGGCUAUAAAGGCUGGUGAUUGUAGGUGUGUC